AUGCAUCCUUUACAAAUAACUCUAGCUUAUUUAUUAAUCUAUAAAUUUGAUAGUAAACCUCAAUUAAAUAGUUCAAUCAAUCGAAUUGAUGGUUGGUCAUUAUUUUGUCCUUCAAAUUUAACCAGUGAUGAUCAUUAUAAUUAUUUUAUUGAUAAUCAACGUACAGUUGGUCAUCAAUCAGUUAUAUUUGGUUUACGUGAAUUAAAUUCAACUGAAAAAAAGAAAUUUUGUUCAAAUUUAACAAUUAAUACUCCACCCAUUCUAGAUCAAUCAUUUAAUUUUACCAAAAAUUAUGAACUUCGUACAUAUACAUCCGGUUGUUAUUAUUUAGAUAAAAAUAAUAAUUGGCAAUCAGAUGGAUUACUAGUUGGACCUUUAACAAAUCAUUAUAAAACACAAUGUUUUUCAACUCAUUUAACAACAUUCGCAGGUGGUUUUCUUGUUUUACCCGAGCCUAUUAAUUGGAAUUAUGUUUUUGCUAAUGCUGGUUUUAAUAGAAACAAAACUAUUUAUUUAACUGUUAUAUGUUUAUCUAUUAUAUACUUCUUAUUAAUUAUUUAUGCACGUUAUAAAGAUAAAAAAGAUAUUGAAAAAUUAGGAGUAACAAUUCUACCUGAUAAUUUAAAACAAGAUCAAUAUUUUUAUCAAAUUAUUGUUUUUACUGGUCAUCGAAAACGUUCAGGAACAAAAUCAAAAGUACAUUUUAUACUAGCUGGUGAUCAAGAUGAAACUCAAGUUCGAAUAUUUGCUGAUCCGAAUAGAAAGAUUUUUCAACGCGGAGGAGUCGAUUCAUUUGUUAUGUCUGUUGAAAAAUCAUUGGGACCAUUGAAUUAUAUUCGUUUAUGGCAUGAUAAUACAGGUCCAGGUAGUUCAGCAUCAUGGUUUCUUAAAUAUAUUAUUGUUCGUGAUUUACAAACAAUGGAAAAAUCUUAUUUUAUCUGUCAAAAAUGGUUAGCUGUUGAAAAAGAUGAUGGACUUAUUGAACGUCUUUUACCCAUUGCUGGUGAAUUACAAAAACAAGAAUUUUCUUAUCUUUUAGCAAAAAAAGCAUAUUAUAGUGUAUCGGAAGGUCAUCUUUGGUUUUCAAUCUUUAGUCGACCACCAUCAGAUAAAUUUACACGAGUUCAACGAUGUACAUGUUGUUUUGUUUUCUUAUUUCAAUCAAUGUUUCUAAAUAUUCUGUAUUACAAUCAAAUAUCAGAAGCAAAAGCAGCGAAUAAUACAACAAGUCUAUCAUUUGGUCCUCUUUAUAUUACACCUCAACAAAUUGGUAUUGGUGUAAUUGUUGAAAUACUUGUAUUUGUUCCUAGUCUGUUACUUAUUCAAUUUUUUCGACGUAUUCGAUCUCGACAUAAUCAAAAGCAAGUAUCAGCAUUACAUCAAGCUAUAUUUAAACUCAAACAAUUACCAAUAACGAAAACAUCGAUUGAAUAUGAUAAAAAGAAAAAAGGUCAAAUCAAAUUUCCUUGGUGGUGUAUUUUUUUUGCAUAUGGCUUCUCAUUAUUACUUACAGUUAUAUCGAUAUUUUUUAUUAUUGUCAAAGGAAUUGAAUUUGGUGAUUUAAAAACACAAAAAUGGUUAACAUCAUUAGUUAGUGGAUUUUUUUCAUCAAUUUUUCUUGUUCAACCGAUUAAAAUUAUAUCAGUGGCUGUUAUUUUUGCUUAUAUUAUUCGAAAACCAGAUAAUGAUAAAGAAGCAGCAGAAUAUAUGAAUGAUGAUGUAGAUUUAGCUCAUGAUGAAGAAUAUUUUCCUGCAAUUGAAGAUAUUUCCCCGUUUAAUCAUCGAUCAGGAAAUAAUACCAAUCGUCUUGAAGAAGGUGAAGUAGCUUUUGCACGUGAACAACGUUUAAAACAUGUACAAAUGUGGGCAAUUAUACGAGAAAUAUUAAAUUAUGUUGGUUAUCUUUGUUUACUCUAUGUUAUUAUUUAUUCAAAUAAAAAUCAAAAUGCAUUCUUACAAGUUCAACAUUUACGAAACUUUUUUCUAAAUACUAGAAGUACCAAUGAUGAUUAUACAAAGAUUUCAACAAUGGGCCAAUAUUGGAAUUGGUUAGAAAAUAAUUUCGUGAAAAAUAUUCGUGCUCAACAAUGGUAUAAUGGUGAUCCACCUCGAAAUUUAAGUGGUUAUUUAAAUGAUAAAACAAAUCGAUUUAUUGGAUGGGCAACAAUGAGACAAUUACGUAUUAAAUCUCAAUCAUGUCAUAUUCAACAUAUGUCUAUUCAAUCCGAAUGUCAAUAUGAUUAUAGUUUAUUAAGUAAUGAAAAAGAUUCAUUUCAACCUGGAUGGAAUUUAACUAAUCAAACAAAUCAAAUAUAUAGUUCAUCAAUUCAACAAGCAUUUAUUUAUCAAACAGGAGGUAAUUUAAAAACAUAUAUUUCAAUAGGUAAAUUUGGAACCUAUGGUAGUGGUGGUUAUGUUUAUGAAUUUCGUGGUCGAUUAGUUGAUUUACAAACAAAUCUUUCUCAACUUUAUCAAUUAAGUUGGAUUGAUAGUCAAACACGAGCUAUUUUUCUUCAGUUUACAUUAUAUAAUCCAAAUAUACAAUUAUUUACUUCUGCAACAUUUCUUACUGAAUUUUCAUCAACAGGUGGUGUUUAUACACAAUCUAGUUUUCAACCAUUUUCUCUUCAAUUAUUUACAUCACUCGGACAAAUAAUAUGUGCAAUUUUUUAUAUACUAUUUAUAAUUUAUAUGAUGUGUAUACAAAUUCAAAAUAUUGUACGAGAAAAACAAAAUUAUUUUCGUCAUAUAUGGUCAUUUAUUGAUAUUGGAAUUAUAAUAUGUUCAUGGACAUGUGUUGGAAUUUAUAUCGUAAGAUUUCAAGAAUCAAAUCAUAUUGGAGAACUUUUUCAAGAAACAAAAGGAUUUAGUUAUAUUAAUUUACAAUCAGCUGUUUAUAUUAAUGAUAUACUUACAUUAUUAUUAUCAUUUUGUUGUUUUUUUGGUACAAUUAAACUUAUUCGACUUGCUCGAUUUCAUCCGAGAUUAUUACUUUUUACUGAAACACUUAAAUAUGCUUGGAAAGAAAUUAUUUCAUUUCUAUUCAUGUUUAUGAUUAUAUUUCUAGCAUAUAUAAUAUUAUUUUAUUUAAUACUUAAUUCAAAACUUUAUACAUGUUCCAAUUUAUUACAUACAACACAAAUGUUAUUUGAAAUGACAUUAAUGAAAUUUGAUGUAUAUCAAUUACUUGAUGCUGAUCCAAUUCUUGGUCCAAUUUGUUUUAGUUUAUUCAUUUUUACAAUUGUAUUUGUUUGUAUGACGAUGUUUAUUACAAUUAUAAGUGAUAAUUUUCGUGUUGUUCGAAAUAAUCUUAAAUUUAAUCAUAAUCAUGA